GCUUUAUGCGAGAAGAGGUCCUCCAAGGUCGCAAAAAUUUUCGCUCGUUGUGAUAAUGCACCAGACGUCACGUAUUGCAACGUGGACGGCGUACUUUCGAAGCUAUAAUUUUCGAUUAAUCUUUUUUCUCGAGUGGUUCGCAAUAUUACAAAAUGGAUAUGGAUGACGAACGAACAUAAGAAAUUAACCUAGAACAAUAGAUUCGAUCGUAUGUAAACAAGGCACUUGAAUCGUAUUUAUUCUCUAUACAGAAUCACAUAAUUGACUUUUAGAAUACAUCAUGUCUCAUCUACUGUUGUCUCGCAAUCUUACAUCGUUGUCAAGGUGUAUGUCGCUUAGAAAUGAAUGUAGGCAAAUCCAUCAUUCCUGCAAAAUCCUGGUGGUUGGAGGCGGUACCGCUGGCUGUUCGAUGGCUGCAAAACUGUCAAGAAAGAUCAAUAAUCCAGAGCAAGUUAUCGUGUUGGAACCCAAUGAUGUACAUUAUUAUCAACCCUUGUUUACUUUGGUUGGUGGUGGUAUCAGUUCUUAUGCAUCAUCGAAAAAGUAUAUGAAAGAUGUUUUGCCAAAGAAAGCGAAAUGGUUGAAAACUUCCGUCGUCGAAUUUCAACCAGAUACUAACAAAGUGUCAAUACAUCAUGGAGAUACUAUACAAUAUGACAUUAUGAUCGUUGCACUUGGUUUGCAAUUGUAUUGGGAUAAAAUUCCAGGUCUGUUGGACAGUGUAUAUGAUCCUGAUGCACAAGUAUGUUCUAUUUAUGGGCCCGACACUGUACCCCAUGUUUACCAGAAAAUAAAAAACACUAGACAAGGAACUGCGAUAUUCACGUUACCGAAUACUCCGGUUAAAUGCCCAGGUGCACCUCAAAAGAUUGCCUAUAUUGCUGAGGAUUAUUACCGCAAUCACAAAUUGCGAAAUAACAUUGACGUUGUAUAUAACACUGCGUUGCCAGUUAUAUUUGGAGUUAAAAAAUACGCCGAUUCUCUCUGGGGCGUUUGUAAACAAAGAGACAUCACUGUCAAUCUUCAAACGAAUCUGGUAAAGAUAGACCCGAGCAAACGACAGGCCACGUUUCAGAAAUUAAACUCACCGGGAGAGACAUUAGUUCAGGAAUAUUCUCUCCUCCAUGUGACGCCUCCAAUGGGACCACCUACAGUUUUGAAAAAACAUCCAGGAUUGACUAAUGAAGCCGGAUUUCUCUGCGUUGAUUCUAAAACGCUACGACAUACGAAAUAUCCAAAUAUAUUUGGCAUAGGUGAUUGCACAAGUACACCAAAUUCUAAGACAAUGGCUGCAAUAGCUGCACAGGGAAAAGUGUUGUACCAGAAUAUAUUGGAUGAUUUGGCUGGCAAACCAAUGAUGAUGGCUUAUGAUGGUUACGCAUCAUGUCCAUUAGUUACUGGCUAUGGCAAGUGCAUUCUAGCAGAGUUUGACUAUAAUUUACAACCAAAAGAAACUUUUCCAGUGAAUCAAGGCAAAGAAUUUUACAUCAUGUUUUUGCUAAAGAAAUAUCUAUUUCCAUUUAUAUACUGGCACUUAAUGUUGAGUUUUUAUAUACAGAGGUUACUGGAACGGACCAGAAUUCUUCCGCAAACUUACGAAGAUUCUAAAGAAGGAUUAGUGUUCGUCGAAGAGAAAUAUGCUCCGUGCCUUUUUCCGCAACUAACAAUAAGUAAAGAAUGACGCUGUGUCUCUAGUUAAAGAUCGCUACA